UGUCCGUCCGUCAGAUGCUCGAGUCAAUCUGUCAAUUCAAUCCAAUCGCGGAUCGCUCGCGAGUGGCCUGCCUUUGCCAGCGUAGCCACCGGUUCUCGUUUAGUGUAAUCUCGCGAUUCGUAGGUACUUUAUUGUUUGAUAAGAAUACUUCGACAAAUCCUACACAACGGAAGGAGUGGUAAUCAUUACGCAAACGAUACCGAAAGAUUCGGACGGACUGGUGGUCGUGAUUCGUGAGUGAAGAAGGAAUCUGAGCUGCCGUCGUCGCGAGUGAUGAUGUUCUUGUCCCGCUAAAGAACAAUAUCCAACUCAGCUCAAUGCAGUCAGUGGAUGAUUGUUUAUAAGUGCGCGUGUGGGAAGCGGAGGAAGAGGGAUUUUUUCUUGUCCGUUCUUCCCCGGAGUGGAAGAUUCAGCUCCCAACAUUUGCUGGCUAAUACGUCAAACUAAAAUCAGGGAAGAAGCAGCAAGGUCAUCGGUUUGAGCAAGUGUUUCGUAGUUUUUUAUGUAAAAACUGUGCAAACAAAGUUGAUUCUCGAUUCAAGUGCGAAAAUAUCCGUCAAGAUCUUAUUGUGCCUACAUUUUGCCCCGGAAUGAAGCAAAUCAAGGAGGAAUAAUGGUGAAUUCGGAGUAUUUGGGUAAUCUCCAGCCUUCGAUAACUAGAUCAGCGUUCGUGACAGUGAAUGGGCGCUGCUCUGCGUUGGAAGCUACAAUUACGCCUAAUAAUCGGAUAGAGAAGCAUAGUGGAGAUUCGUUCCAAGUUUGGAGAUAAGCAGCAGCGAGAGUAAUCAGUUUUGGACGUGGGAGGAACCAAUCAGACGCGAGCAAAAUGGGAGCCACAGACAUUUCCGGCAAUGGGAAUGAAGGCAUAACCCAUCUAAUGAAAGUAUCCAGCGCCCUGUUUUACGGGUUUGCCUCUUUCUUCAUCACCGUAGUCAAUAAAACCGUUCUCACAUCGUAUCGAUUUCCGUCGUUCCUGGUACUUAGUUUGGGCCAGCUAGCGGCCAGCAUCGUAGUACUGUUCCUGGGGAAACAUUUUAAAAUAGUCAAAUUCCCGGAUUUCUCCCGGGACAUACCACGUAAGAUAUUCCCAUUGCCAUUGAUCUACCUGGGCAACAUGAUGUUCGGCCUGGGUGGAACGCAAGCCCUCAGUUUGCCGAUGUUCGCCGCCCUCCGGCGGUUCUCCAUCCUGAUGACGAUGAUCCUGGAGCUGCGGAUUCUCGGCAUCCGGCCGACGACCACUGUCCAAAUCAGUGUCUACUCCAUGGUGGGAGGAGCUCUACUCGCGGCAAGCGACGACCUGAGUUUCAAUCUGCACGGUUACCUUUUUGUGAUGAUUACCAAUAGCUUGACUGCCGCCAAUGGCGUCUACAUGAAAAAGAAACUGGACACCGCCGACAUGGGCAAGUACGGACUCAUGUACUACAACUCGCUGUUCAUGUUUCUACCGGCCCUGAUUGGCACAUGGCUCCUGGGCGAUCUGGAGAAAGCAUGGCAGUACCCGGGAUGGAACGAUCCCGUCUUCUUGGUCCAGUUCCUUCUCUCCUGCGUGAUGGGAUUCAUCCUGUCCUACAGUACCAUCCUGUGCACCCAAUACAACUCAGCCCUAACGACCACAAUCGUGGGCUGCCUGAAGAACAUCAGUGUGACCUACAUCGGAAUGUUCAUCGGUGGUGAUUACGUCUUCUCCUGGCUCAACUCCAUCGGUAUCAACAUCAGCGUGGCCGGUUCCCUGCUGUACGCUUACGUCACCUUCCGAAAGAAAUCCCCUUCAGCGGCGGCGAACGCCGGAUCAUCCUCGGACCGGAAAUCGCUCCUACCGCCACCCGGUCGAAUCGACAACGUGUGACGGAUGCGCAACUUCAAAUGCGGCGGCUGUUGAAGAUUUCGAAUUUGUUGGCCCGGAAACCGGCCUGGCAAAACUGAAACCAAAGUGUGACGACGGAGCGCGGUUUGGAGUUGUGUCCUUAUUGUGUGUAAAGUGUUUUAGUUUAUUGUACGUAAUUUGUAUGUAAUUGUGUAAUCCUGGAAUAGAGAGAAGUAUCCUGACGAAGAAAGUUAAUUUAAUGAUUUACAGUGACCGUAAUAUAGUUUAUUUUAAAAUUGGAAGAGUAUUGGCAAUAAAAGUGGCAAGGUGCAGAGAAGCCAGCAUGAGCCGAAAGUGAAACUUGAA